AUGCCAUGUGCGCUCCCCUGUGCAGACCCGCCCACAGGCCACAGUGGAGGUGGAGAUAUGAGAGGGCACGAAGCUAUUCAGUUUGACUUCAGCACGUCCGCUCUCUCCUCCUCUCUUGCCAUCUCUCCCCUCCCUUCCCUCCUCAUCUCUCCCCCUCUCCCUUCCUCUGUCUCCCCACCCAUCUUGACUGCCUGUGCCAUCGGAGCAUACGUGUCCGCAGGCGGCAGCGAGGUGGAUAUAUUGUCCCUCUCCUCUCUCCCCCACCCCUCCCUCCUGCUUUUCACGCGCUCCCCUGUGCAGACCCUCCCACAGGCAACAGCGGAGGUGGAGAUAUCAGAAGUCAUGCAACUCGUGCACUUCGACUUCAGCACGUCCCCUUCCCCUUCCUCUCUUCCCUUCUCACCCCCUCUGCUUCCCUGUGCAGACCCGCCCACAGCCAGCGGAGGAGACCCGCCCACAGGCGACGGUGGAGGUGGAGAUAUCAGAGGACAUGCAGCUCGUGUCCUUCUGACUUCAGCAUGUCUCCUUCUCACCCCUUCUCUUCCCUUGUCUCUCCUGCUCGAUGCCUGUAUCUCCCUCUACAGACCCGUCCACAGGCAACAGUGGAGGUGGAGAUAUCAGAGGACAUGCAGCUCGUGUCCAACCCUCCCAGUGGAUGUGAGACCACCCUCUCCUCUCUCCCUGUUCCCUCCAACCCACUUUCUGUGGUUUCCCCCUCUGCAGACCCGCCCACAGGCAACAGUGGAGGUGGAGAUAUCAGAGGACAUGCAACUCGUGCACUUCGACUUCAGCACGUCCUCUUCCCCUUCCUCUCUUCCCUUCUCACCCCCUCUGCUUCCCCCUCUACAGACCCGCCCACAGGCAACGGUGGAGGUGGAGAUAUCAGAGGACAUGCAGCUUGUGCACUUCGACUUCAGCACAACGCCCUUUGAGCUGCACGACGACAGCUACGUGCUGCGAGCCAUGGGCCUCUGCACGCCUCCCCUCACCGAUGUCUUCCCGCCCUCCCCGGCUCCUGCUCCUGGUGCUGCUGCUGCUGCUGCUGCUGCUGCUGCUGCGCCUCCCCUUCCGUCCACAGCCACCCCUCCACCGCCCACACAGCCACAGCCCGGUUCGCAACAGCAGCAACCCCAACAGUUGCAGCAUUCUCAACAGCCGCCACAGCAGCAGCAACAGCAGGAGCAGCAGCAGCAGCAGCAGCAGCAGCAGCAGCAGGCACCAACGGGACAGGGUGCAUUAACACCCACACAGACAGGCUCACAGGCUGUAGCAGCAGCAGCAGCAGCAGCAGGGGCAGCAGCAACAGCUGGGGCAGCAGCAGGGGCAGCAAGGGGCAGCGGGUGGGCAGGCAAAGAGCGGAGCAGCAAGCGCACUGUCUCACACAGAGGCGGGGGUAGCAGCUUCCACGAACGGGGCACCACCGACUAG